AUGAUGUCCAUGAACAGCAAGCAGCCGCAUUUUGCCAUGCAUCCCACCCUACCUGAGCACAAAUACCCCUCUCUACACUCCAGCUCGGAAGCAAUAAGAAGAGCAUGUCUACCAACUCCACCGCUGCAGAGCAAUAUCUUUGCCAGCCUCGAUGAGACCCUCCUGGCGCGGGCCGAGGCACUGGCCGCAGUCGACAUCGCCGUCUCGCAGGGCAAGAGCCACCCCUUCAAGCCGGACGCCACCUACCACACCAUGAACAGCGUGCCCUGCACCUCCACCUCUACCGUGCCUCUGGCACACCACCACCACCAUCACCACCACCACCACCAGGCGCUGGAGCCUGGCGACCUCCUCGACCACAUCACCUCCCCCUCCCUGGCGCUCAUGCCCGGCGGAGGCGGCGGCGGAGGCGGUGGCGGCGGCAGCCACGACGGGGCGGCCGGCGGCGGCGGCGGCGGCGGCGGGGCCGGCGGCGGCGGCGGCGGAGGCGGCGGCCUCAUCUCCACCUCGGCCCACCCACACUCGCACAUGCACGGCCUGGGCCAUCUCUCGCACCCGGCCGCCAUGAACAUGCCGUCGGGGCUGCCGCACCCGGGGCUGGUGGCUGCGCACCACGGGGCCGCGGGGCAGGUGGCAUCGGCGGCGGCGGUGGUAGGGGCGGCCGGCUUGGCCUCCAUCUGCGACUCGGACACGGACCCGCGGGAGCUGGAGGCCUUCGCCGAGCGCUUCAAGCAGCGGCGCAUCAAGCUGGGGGUGACCCAGGCCGACGUGGGCUCGGCGCUGGCCAACCUGAAGAUCCCGGGGGUGGGCUCCCUCAGCCAGAGCACCAUCUGCCGCUUCGAGUCCCUCACCCUCUCCCACAACAACAUGAUCGCCCUCAAACCCAUCCUGCAGGCCUGGCUGGAGGAGGCCGAGGGCGCCCAGCGGGAAAAAAUGAACAAGCCCGAGCUCUUCAACGGAGGGGAGAAGAAGCGCAAGCGGACUUCCAUCGCUGCUCCGGAGAAGCGCUCCCUCGAGGCUUACUUCGCCGUCCAGCCCCGGCCCUCCUCCGAGAAGAUCGCUGCCAUCGCCGAGAAAUUGGACCUCAAAAAGAACGUGGUGCGGGUUUGGUUUUGCAACCAGAGACAGAAGCAGAAACGGAUGAAAUUUUCAGCUACUUACUAG